AGACUUUGUCAGCUUGUGAUAUUUAGCAGAGCCUCCAUCAACAACAGAUCUUUUCGGCAUCAUCCAAAUAUUAAAAAUAUUUCACGUUCAUGUCAACAAAUGUGCGGAUUCCAGAGCCCGACUCAAUAACAGGAGGAGCACACAAAGUCGGGCUCAACAUCACGCCAGAAAGUGAAAGUAGAGAUAGGGGCUGCUCGUCUUGCUGUUUUGGACCGUGGACGCUUGUUGAGAUGGCCACACCAGGAUUUUAUGGCGGAGUUGAAGGGGGAGCAACCCAUUCCAGAAUGGUGUUGAUGAAUGAGAAUGGGAACAUCUUAGCAUGGACAGACGGACCAUCAACAAAUCAAUGGUUGAUAGGACAAGAGGAAUGUCUGAAGAGAGUGAACAAUAUGGUGGAGGAGGCCAAAUCUAAGGCAGGACUGGACCCCAGCACCAAGUUAGUGUCUCUGGGAUUAUCAAUGAGUGGGGCGGACCAGAAGGAAGCCCAGGACCAGCUGAUCAGUGGAAUGAAGUCCAGGUACCCCCAGUGUAGUCAGAAUGUGUUCAUCGCUAGCGACACUGCCGGGGCUAUCGCCACAGCCACAGAGAAAGGUGGCAUUGUGUUGAUCUCUGGAACUGGUUCUAACUGUAUGCUGAUCAAUCCUGAUGGUAAAGACUUCAGAUGUGGGGGCUGGGGACAUCUUCUGGGAGAUGAGGGAUCGGCAUACUGGAUCACACAGAGAGCCAUUAAGAUUGUGUUUGACCACGAGGACAAUCUAAAAGUCUCUCCACGUGAUAUAUCAUUUGUCAGGGAUGCCAUGAUGAAAUAUUAUCAGAUCAGUGAUAGAAAUGAAAUCCUACAUUACUUUUAUUCCAAGUUUGACAAAUCCUACAUUGCUGGCUUAUGUAAAGAACUUGCUAAAGGUGCCAAAGAGAAAAAAGACCAGAUAUGUCUGGAACUUUUCAGACAAGCUGGGGAAAUUCUAGCAGAACACAUUCUUGGAGUUGGACCAAGAAUUGCAGAGGAAUUACUGAACACACCCAGUGGAUUACAGGUUGUCACAGUAGGGUCUGUCUGGAAAAGCUGGGAUCUUAUGAAAGACGGUAAGUUUUAUGUUCAAGAGUUAUUUAGAAUUGAAAGAAAAAGGAAAUGA